AUGACCCAAGUGACAGUCUGCAUCACCAACGAGGAGAGAAGCAGCGAGCGUCUGGACACGUUCCUAUCGAAGAGGAUCUCGAUCCUCUCGAGGUCUUCCCUCAACCGGAUGAUCAAGGCCGAAUGCGUCCUGGUGGACGGCAAGACCCCGAAGCCAGCGCAGAAGCUCAAGGCAGGUCAGACCGUCGUCGUCAACCUUCCUCCUCCACCUGGCAACGACAUGCCGCCCGAGGACAUUCCACUUGCAGUGAUUCACGAGGACGAGGACGUGAUUGUCAUCAACAAGCAGUCCGACCUCGUCGUCCAUCCUUGCCCGACAGCUCCCAAUGGGACCCUUGUGAACGCGCUUGCAUGGCACUUCAUGCACAGGAGCAGCGGCAGCCUGUCGCAGGUCGGAGCAGAGAACGCGAGGCCGGGCAUCGUCCAUCGGCUGGACAGGAACACGACAGGGGUGAUGGUGGCGGCCAAGACGGAGUUUGCUCACUGGAGCCUGUACGAGCAGUUUGCUCUGCGGUCCACGAGGAAGCGGUACAUUGCCCUCGUGCACGGGGAGGUGGUGGAGGACAGCGGGUUGAUCGACCUGCCCAUCAGCCGGCAUCCCUACGACCCCAUCAAGGGAGGGAAGGCGUCGCAGACGGGCUUCGUGGUGAGGGAGAGGUACGAGGGUUUCACGCUGGUUGAGCUGAAGCUCUUCACCGGCCGCACCCACCAGAUCCGCGUUCACCUGUCGCACCUGCGGCACCCGAUCGUGGGGGACGAGGUAUACGGGGGCAGGAAGCUCAAGCUGCUCAUCGAGCGACAGGCGCUGCACUCCUGCCUGCUGUCCUUCUCGCAUCCCACCAGCGGGAAGAGGAUGAGCUUCAGCGGCGCGGCGCCUGAGGACAUGGCGAGAACCAUUCGCCUACUCCGGGAGUUUCGGAUGGUCUCGAGCGGAGGAGGAGGAGGGGGAGAAGCGGAGGUGGACCUUUCCGUCGUGUUCGGAGAGGAGGCGCUAGAGCGGGAAGAAGCAAGCUGA